UCGCUCUCCUUAACAACUCACGAAGAAGAAGCAACAGCAAAGGAGGACGGCCUUCAUCGACACAACCAGCUAAUUUCUUGUUAGCUCAAAGGAAAAAAACAUUUCCCCUCUAUUACAUACAGAGUUAAGGGUUGUUUGGAAUUAGGACCCAUUCAUGUGCAGUCUGAGGAGAGGAUACUGAAACACAGUUAUGUCCGGAGUGUUUCGGGACAGACGGAGUCGCUGGCAGGAGAUUCAGAAAGGCCUUGAGUUCAUUCAAUCAACCCUUCCAUUUCCUGGAAGCCAAGAGCAGUAUGAGGUGUUCAUAAAGGACCUUGUGUGUAAUCUGUUUGGAGAGGGGAAUGACGUGUUUAAAGAAGGGGAAUGGACAAAAUCCAUAGAGAUGUACACCGAAGCACUGAGUAUAGCAGAUUACGCAGACUCAGAAGACAUCUGUAUUCCCACUGGUUUACUGGAAAAACUGUAUGCAAAUCGAGCUGCUGCGUACCUCAGCAUAGUUCCGGGAUUGUAUGACCAAGCACUAGAAGACUGUGAAAAGGCUCUCCAGUUAAAUGAGGGGAACCACAAAGCACUGUACAGGAAAGCAAAAGCCUUGAAAGAGAUGGGGAGACAUCAAGAGGCCUAUGAGGCUGUUGCCAAAUGCUCUCUUGCUGUGCCUCGGGAUUCCAACGUCACUCAGUUGACUCAGGACCUUGCCAAAAUUUUGGGGUUGAAAAUCCGUAAAGCUUACGUAAGAAGUAAGCCUGCCUUGAAUGUUUUGCGGGGAUCUAACUAUCAAGAUGCAUCAUGUGACAAAUUUUCUCAUGACUCUGCUUCAGUUGAAGAUAUAGAAAUUGACGUGCCUCCAUUUUCCCAGGAUAGCAGUGUUUUACCCCCAGGUCCAGCUCCAAUCAAACCCCCGUUAGCGCUACAUCCACCUUUGAAAGACUUGGUGGUUGAUGAACUUCCUUCUAGCAACAGUAUCUUAUCCGUAGCCCCAUCGGAGCCUCCGGGCUUCGAGUCUGUCUCUUUGCCCGUUUCUGCGCCCACUUCAGUUCCUCUUUCUGUGCACACGUUUGUAAACGGGUGUCGAACUGGCAAGUCUCAUCCCAUUCUUGAACCCAGUCAAGAUUUUGAUACAGACCUAAUUGGGGACGACCUAGACGAUCUUCUGGACCAAGCUGGCCCUGAACCAAGCCUGGUCAUUCCUACGGUGAAGGGGCCCCUCCCUUUACCCACCAGUAUUUCCUCGGGUAGUUCUUUGUCAAACCCAUUCCUGUUGCCACCGGACAUAAACCCAUUUCUGCACAGCAGUACCCAGCAGUACACUGUAACUCUGCCGCCUCUUUAUAACAAGUCUGGGUCGAGUACAUAUUUUGGUAUGGACACUUUUGACUCCCUUUCCUCACCCCUGGACUCCCUCGAUAGUCUCUCCAUAUCAGACUAUAAAUCAGAUUAUGCUCCUGGUCCCUUCAUUCCACAGCUCAACAACAAUGAUGCACCAAUGGGGAUGGCAGUGGGUAUGCCCGAGGUAAAGGACCUUCCUGCUGCUGUGGAUUUAGCAAAGAACCCCUUAGCUGAAACUCAUGAAUUCAAACAGGCCUGCUCGAUGUGCCACGUCAAAACAGGGCCUGGAGUGUUAGAUUACACUCUUCAUACUGAAGAUCAUAAAUGCAAAAAGGAUGUAUUACUUGGCAGAAUGAAACACUCACCUGACAAGAUGUGGAAGCUGAUCCGACCCAGACCAACAAAAACCCAAUAUGUUGGACCGUAUUACGUUUGCAAAGAGGUGGCUGUUGGAAAAGAGUGCCUUUACCCUGGUCACUGCACAUUUGCAUACUGCCAGGAGGAAAUUGAUGUUUGGACUCUGGAGCGGAAAGGAUUUAUCUCCAGAGAACUGCUUUUCGAUCCUUUUGGGCCAAACUCCAACAUCAGGCUGACUGUCCCCAAGAUCUUACAGGAGCACCGUGGAAUUUUCAUGUUUCUCUGUGGGGUGUGCUUCGACCACAAACCCAGAAUCAUCAGUAAAACCAACAAAGAUGACCCUUCGCUUUGCUCUCAUCCAGUGACGAAGCAUAACUUUGAGGAUCACAAGUGCCUAGUCCACAUUUUGAAGGAGAAUACAGUUCGCUAUUCCAAAAUCAGACCCUUGAGUCCUCACAGCCAGCUGGAUCUUUGUCGCCACGAAGUCCGCUAUGGCUGCGUGAGAGAAGACGACUGUUUCUACGCCCACAGCCUCAUCGAGCUGAAAGUCUGGAUGAUGCAGCACGAGCUCGGUAUCACUCAUGAAAGUAUUGUUCAGGAAGCAAAGAAGUAUUGGAAUGCAACAGCAUCACUGCAGGGAGUCCAGUUUCCUAUCGCCCAGAGAAGGUUUGGUCCUCCAAAUCUGAAGAUGAUGUUUGUUUGUGGCCAGUGCUGGAGAAAUGGCCAACUAAGUGAAGCUGACAAAAAUAAGAAGUAUUGCACAGCCAAGGCUAGACAUACGUGGGCAAAAGACAGGCGAGUGGUGCUUGUAAGUUCCCAUGAAAGGAAAAAGUGGACAACCGUAAGACCACUUCCUACCAAAAAACCCAUCCCAUCUCAGUUCGAGAUUUGCAUGCAUGUGACAGCCAGCAAGAAGUGUCAAUACAUUGGGAAUUGCACAUUUGCUCACAGUGUGGAAGAAAGAGACCUUUGGACCUACAUGAAGGAGCACAACAUUCCAGAUAUGGAUCAGCUUUACGAGCAGUGGCUGCUGUCUCAGAAGCCCGGCUGGGGUGAGGAGAUGUCCAGUAACUCGGUCAGGGAGAAUGGCAAACAGAUCCACAUGCCAACCGACUACGCUGAGGAAGUGGCUGGCAACCAUUGUUGGCUGUGUGGUAAAAACUGCAACAGUGAGAAGCAGUGGCAGCAGCACAUCACCUCAGAGAAACACAAAGAGAGAGUUUUCAACUCCGAGGACGAUCAGAACUGCUGGCAGUACCGAUUCCCUACUGGCACUUUCAAAGUUUGUGAGAGAUUCCUCAAAGGCACGUGCACAGAGGAUGACUUGUGUAAGCUGGCACACGGGGAGCAUGAGCUCAAAGAGUGGAAGGAGCGUAGGGAAUUCCUUUUGAUGAAACUUGCCAAAGCCAGAAAAGAUCAUCUUAUAGCACCAAAUGACAAUGACUUUGGAAAAUACAGUUUUCUGCUUAAAGACAUUAAAUAACAUGUUGAAAUUAUCCAUGCUCCCUUGCAAAAUGAUGCAGUAUUUAAACCAUUUUGUGUCGGGUCCUUCGUGAGGGCCUGUGCUGAGCCCGGGAAGUAGCCAGAUCCCAGCAUGAUUUAACACAGGACAUCCAGGAUGGGCCCUCUGAUUGGUGGCUGGUUUUCUCUGAUCCGAACUACAGAGCGUUAUCAAUAAUAGCAAAUAUUCAGUGUACCUGAAGCUUUGCUUUGUUCAGUACAACAGCUGAAACUUAUGACAAAUAGCAUGUGUAACCUUGGUCAGAGACAUGUUCCAGUUCAUAGUUAGCCUAACAAUUUAUUAUUUUUUCCACAGUUUAUAUGUUAAUGACUCUUCCAGUUUUAAGUAUGACUUACUUAAACUGAGCUUGGUUGACAUUCUUGUUUGAAAUCAGUCAACAUACGGUAGGUCAUUUUCACUUUCCAUUUAUCUAAUAGUGUUACUAGUGUAUUGGGCACCCUACCAAAUAAAGCUUUGUUUUUUUUUAA